GAGCUUCCGCCGCGGGGGGGUCAGGCUGUUCUCCUGGGUGUGCGCCUUCUCCUGUCCGUGCGCUGGCGGCUGGCUGCCAGGAUGGCCGAGAGCGAGGCAGACACGCCGAGCACGCCGAUCGAGUUCGAGAGCAAAUACUUCGAGUUUGAUGGAGUGCGGCUGCCGCCCUUCUGCAGGGGGAAGAUGGAGGAGAUCGCCAACUUCUCCCUCAGGAGCAGCGACAUCUGGAUCGUCACCUACCCGAAGUCCGGCACCAGUCUACUUCAGGAGGUGGUGUAUCUCGUGAGUCAGGGCGCCGACCCCGAUGAGAUCGGCCUGAUGAACAUCGACGAGCAGCUGCCGGUGCUGGAGUACCCCCAGCCUGGGCUGGACAUCAUACAGGAGCUGACUUCUCCUCGCCUGAUCAAAAGUCACCUUCCGUACCGCUUCCUGCCUGCAGCCAUGCACAACGGAGAGGGGAAGGUCAUCUACAUGGCUCGGAACCCAAAGGACCUGGUGGUGUCCUACUACCAGUUCCACCGCUCGCUCAGGACCAUGAGCUACCGGGGAACCUUCCAGGAGUUCUGCCGGCGCUUCAUGAACGACAAGCUGGGCUACGGAUCCUGGUUUGACCACGUUCAGGAGUUCUGGGAGCAUCGCAUGGACUCCAAUGUGCUGUUCCUGAAAUACGAAGACAUGUACAAGGACCCGGGGCCGCUGGUGGAGCAGCUGGCUCGCUUUCUGGGCGUCUCCUGUGACAAGGCCCAGCUGGAGGUUCUGGUGGAGAGCUGCAACCAGCUGAUCGAGCAGUGUGGAAACUCCGAGGCGCUGUCCGUCUGCCGGGGACGCGUGGGUCUGUGGAAGGACGUCUUCACGGUGUCCAUGAACGACAAGUUCGACUCGGUCUACAGGCAGAAGAUGGGGAAGUCCGACCUGACCUUUGACUUCGGCCUGUGAGCGCCGCUCGCUUCGCGCCCCUG